AUGUCAAGCUAUUACCAACUUCGUCUUCACAAUGUCAAGCUAUUACAAACUUCAUCUUCACAAUGUCAAGCUAUUACCAACUUCAUCUUCACAAUGUCAAGCUAUUACAAACUACAUCUUCACAAUGUCAAGCUAUUACCAACUUCGUCUUCACAAUGUCCAGAUAUUACCAACUUCAUGUUCACAAUGUCAAGCUAUUACAAACUUUAUCUUCACAAUGUCAAGCUAUUACCAACUUCUUCUUCACAGUGUCAAGCUAUUACCAACUUCAUCUCCACAGUGCCAAGCUAUUACAAACUACAUCUUCACAAUGUCAAGCUAUUACAAACUACAUCUUCACAAUGUCAAGCUAUUACAAACUACAUCUUCACAAUGUCAAGCUAUUACAAACUAUAUCUUUACAAUGUCAAGCUAUUACCAACUUCAUCUUCACAAAGUCUAGCUAUUACAAACUACAUCUUCACAAUGUCAAGCUAUUACCAACUUCAUCUUCAUAAUGUCAAGCUGUUACCAACUUCAUCUUCACAAUGUCAAGCUAUUACCAACUUCUUCUUCUUCACAAAGUCAAGCUAUUACAAACUUCAUCUUCACAAUGUCAAGCUAUUACCAACUUCUUCUUCUUCACAAUGUCAAGCUAUUACCAACUACAUCUUCACAAUGUCAAGCUAUUACAAACUACAUCUUCACAAUGUCAAGCUAUUACAAACUACAUCUUCACUAUGUCAAGCUAUUACCAACUUCGUCUUCACAAUGUCAAGCUAUUACCAACUUCGUCUUCAAAAUGUCAAGCUAUUACCAACUUCGUCUUCACAAUGUCAAGCUAUUACCAACUUCAUCUUCACAAUGUCAAGCUAUUACCAACUUCAUCUUCACAAUGUCAAGCUAUUACAAACUACAUCUUCACAAUGUCCAGCUAUUACCAAACUCGUAUUCACAAUGUCAAGCUUUUACCAAACUCGUAUUCACAGUGUCAAGCUAUUACCAACUUCGUCUUCACAGUGUCAAGCUAUUACCAACUUAUAUCUUGUAUCACGGAAUGCAUCCAUUUGA